UUUUAUAAAUAUUAAGCGGCUGAUAUAUAAAUAUAAUAGUUACUGUUUCAUGCUGAGAUUGUUUGUUUAUACAAUCGUAUUGCCAAAAUAUUGACAACAACAAACCCGAUACAUAUGUGCACACCUUUUUACGUGGAUGAAAUGCUCACCAAUUAUGCACAGUAAAAAUACCGUUUGUUGGCAACGCGAAAAUGCAAGCUGUCAAAAUCAACUGCACGUGUCAAAGUUUGUUUUCGUUUUUCAAGCUCAGAAGCGUAGUGCAGUGGUUUUUUGGCUUUUAACAUAGAGCCAAAAUUAAAUUAAUAGAUAUAUUCUGAAAAUAAAUGUUAUUCUGACAUCCACGCAAUAAAUACUUUAAAUACGCAACAAUGAAGGUUAAAAUGAUAAGUCGGAAUCCGGACCAUUAUGUUCGUGAAACCAAAAACCAAAUUCACAAAAUGCCUAGAAAUUAUGAUCCUGACUUACAUCCAUUGCAACCAGUGAGAGAGUACGUGCGUGCACUGAAUGCUACCAAGCUAGAUCGUGUGUUUGCAAAGCCUUUUGUAGGAAAUUUAAGCGGUCAUCGUGAUGGUGUCAAUUGCUUUGCCAAACAUCCCAAAAUGCUGUCGAAUUUAGUGUCAGGUGCUUACAAUGGUGAAGUACAUGUUUGGGAUCUGGCAAACCGUGCAACUUUACGUAGUUUUGUUGCACAUGAAGGAUUUGUACGUGGCAUUACUUACGGAAGUAAUGGCGAUCGAUUUUUUACUGUAGGUGACGAUAAAACUAUAAAAGUAUGGAAAUCAAAUGGACCGGAAAUUGGAGAAGACGAAGAACCGAUUAAUACAAUAUUGAGUCGCACUAUCAUAACUGGGAUUUCGCAUCAUCGUAAAAGUGCUACAUUUGCAACUUGUGGAGAAGUGUGCACAAUAUGGGAUGAAAAUAGAAAUGAUCCAUUAAAAACACUAAAAUGGGGUGUAGACACAUUACACGCUAUUGCGUUUAAUCCGGUUGAGACUUCAGUGUUGGCUUGCUGUGCCAGUGAUCGUAGUAUUAUUUUCUAUGAUCAACGCGAAUCAAAUCCUUUGCGUAAAAUGGUGUUAACAAUGAAAAGUAAUAAAUUGGCGUGGAAUCCAAUGGAAUCAUUUAAUUUUACUUUAGCCAAUGAAGACUGCAAUCUGUAUACAUUUGAUACUCGACAGUUGAAAUCCCCAAUCAAAGUACAUUUUGAUCACGUUUCCGCUGUUACUGAUGUUGAUUAUUCACCUACCGGCAAGGAGUUCGUUUCUGGAAGUUAUGAUAAAACAAUACGUAUAUACAAUUCACAUCACAGUCACUCCCGUGACAUUUAUCACACUAAACGCAUGCAGCACGUUGUUUGUGUCGCUUGGUCAUUAGACAAUCGCUACAUUUACUCUGGAUCAGAUGAAAUGAAUAUACGUAUUUGGAAAGCUAAAGCAUCAGAGAAACUAGGUGUCAUACGUCCACGCGAACGUGCUGCAUUCAAUUAUCAGGAAGCACUUAAAGCAAAAUUCGCAGCGCAUCCACAAAUUAAACGCAUUGCUCGACAUCGUCAAGUACCAAAGCAUAUACUGAAUGCACAACGCAAAAUGCGCGCUAUCAAAGAUAAGGAAAAACAAAAGGAAGCCAAUGUACGCAAGCAUUCAAAACCCGGAACUGUGCCUUUUGUACCAGAGAAGAAGAAGCAUGUUCUGCGCGAAGAUGUUUAGAUCUGUCAAUGCACUAUUUUUUUUUUGAUACCUCUAUACGAAUAAAUCCAAUUAAAUUAGUUA